GUGUUUUAACCAGCUAUGGCGUGUGGCUGGAUGGCGUUCUCAUUUCAAACGUGUCCUACGUCCAGAGGUUCUUUGUGGUGGACGGCCUCUCUCCAUGGAGCCGACACUUGCUCAGGGUCCAGGCCUGCACUGCACAGGGCUGUGGCAAGGGACCGCUGGUGGAGGUGCGUACAUUAGAGAUGGUCCCAGAAGGCCCUAUACUGCUGGAGCUGACCAAUCAGAGCUCUCGAUCCGUGCGCGCACGCUGGACGGCCCCUCCCAGGCCAAACGGGAACCUCAGAUACACAGUGCACUACAAAAGCUCAGAUGGUGAUGGAGCAGUAGAUGGAAGUACAGCAGUCGGCAGCUGGAUGUCUGUGCCCGACCUCCGGCCUUACACAAACUACAGCUUCUGGAUCAGAGGGUGUAACACACAGGGCUGUGUAGAGAGUCUGCCACUCAAUGUUACAACACCUCCAGCAGCUCCAGACGGGUUAUUACCUCCAUGGUUGACACACUCUGCUACUACCAGUCUGAAUGUGUCCUGGUCCCGUCCUGUGCACGCCAAUGCACCAGGCCCACUCCGCUACAGCCUGCACAUGAGGACAACCCCACAGAGGCCGGUGAUAAGGCUUUUGGAAAAUGUAACGGGCACCUUUUCCUACCGUGUGGACGGCCUGUCACCGUUCACACGCUACAUGUUCAGAGUGGUGGCUUCACACACACACGGGCAGACUGCUGGACCGUGGGCGACCCUGCACACCGCGGAGGAUCGUCCAGGACCAGUGGAAAGCCCAGCUGUAACAGGGAUUCAUCCUAGAAGUGUAGCGCUUACCUGGGCCCCUCCCUUACAACCAAACGGCAUCAUCACCAAUUACACUCUCCAUCUGUGGCCUACUUCCUUCACAUCUGUGGAUUUUAAACCCAGCUCAGUCUCCAGCACAAGCACAACCCUAAACUCCAGCUUAAGUGAUUCACUUGGCAUUCUCAACUCAGGUCAAAGUCUCAAGCCAACAUACAGUCUUACCUCCUCUGACUCAAGCCACAUUUCUACUUUUAACACUGGCAUUAAUGGCAGCUUAAGCGCAAUCAAAGACACGCGACCCAAUCUUAUCCCUAAACCCGGCUCUAGUUUGGAGCCUGUUCUAAUGGAAGAAGGCGAUAUCAAGACGUCUCAUGUAAACAACACAAGCACAGCCUCUGCUUUGCUUUCAUUUCACCCCACUGAAUCCAGCUCCACCAGUGUAAACUCAACCCACAGCCCAUCACUGCCUAGCUCAGACUACAAUACAACCAGAAGCAACAAUGAUCAUUUAUUGAUACAGGACCACGGCCUCAUCUCGAGUUCCUUCAAUGAAGACUCUGAAUUAAGUUCACAUGUGCUGUCAGUCACCGUUCCGGGCAACGUCACUACCUACACUUUACACAACCUGCUGCCGUACCACAACUACAGCCUUCAGGUGGAAGCAUGCACCAGUGUGGGUUGUUCAGUGUCUGGGACGUCUCAGCGCUUCCGUACCCUCCCAGCUCCUCCUGAAGGAGUUCCUGCACCUCACCUUUACUCUGACACUCCCACCUCUGUUCUCCUGUCCUGGGGUGCACCAGAGCAGAGCAACGGACCACUGGAUUGGUGGCUAAUUGAGCGUAGAGUCACUGGGACCGUGCAAGUCUCAACAGUGGGCCAGCUCCUGCCAGAGUCUCCACCUCUUUCUUUCCUGGACUCUUCAUCAGCUCUAAGUCCCUGGACUAGCUACCAGUAUCGACUUGUGCUGUAUAACCAGGCUGGCAACACAACAGGACCGUGGGUCAGCAUCACAACCAAACCCUCUCGGCCAGCUGGUCUCAGUCCACCAAGGGUGAAGGUCUUGGGACCAGAGUCAUGUCAAGUCACAUGGGCUCCUCCUCUAAUUCCUAAUGGAGAAAUUCAUGGCUACGAAAUCCGCCUCCCAGAACCACGUAUAUUCCAUGAGCAUGACAAUAGCUCUGAGCUCAGCAUCACAGUAACGGACCUAAUUCCGUACACAAACUACAGUGUUACUGUGUUGGCGUGUUCCGAGGGCGGUGGCCAUGUAGGAGGAUGUACGGAGAGUCUGCCUACUCCAGCUGCAAUGUCGCCUGCAAGUCCUCAAGGCCUCUCACCUUUGUCAGUCGUGGCAGUCAGCGAGUCGUUCUUAGCCAUUUCCUGGCAACCACCAAGCAGACCCAAUGGACCCAACAUCAGAUACAAGUUGCUCAGACGUAAAACUCACCAGCCCCUGGCCAUCGCCACGCUCCGUGCAGUAACUGCCACGUCCCCUCCCCCCUCCGAAGAUCUCCAUCACUGGCUCCAUGUUUACUCCGGCACCAAAUUGUUCUACCAAGAUAAAGGCCUAAGCAGGUUCACCCGUUACCAGUACCAGUUAGUGGUCCAUAAUGAUGUGGGCUCCUCGUCAGGAGAGAUCGUUUCUGCGGCGACCAUGGCGGGGGUUCCCCUCCGCCCUCCAUCUCUGUCUGCUCACGCUAUCAAUCACACUGCAGUACGGGUCAACUGGACGCAACCCUCUUUGCAAGACCUGCAGGGAGAGGUGGAAUCAUACUUUCUCACAACAGAGUCUUUCCAGUCGAGUCGAAUUUUGGUUUUACCCCGUGAAAUCAACUCCAUGGUGAUAAGUGACCUUUGGCCCAGCACUACAUACCUGGUGUCACUGCAGGUGUUCAACGGAGCGCAUAAUACAACUAAAGUGACGCUUCGUGUCACCACAGAGGAUGGAGAGCCAGACGGGAUGUCCGCUCCGGAGGUGGUUCCAGUAAACAGCACGGCUGUGCGCGUUCUGUGGUUCCCUCCUCUGCAGCCAAACGGAGCAGUGACUGGUUACUGCAUCUACGUUAACGACCGUCUCCGUGGCAGUGUGGACAACAGUUCAGGGUCCUACCUGCUGGGAGAGCUGCUGCCCUUCACCGUCUACGACAUACAGGUGGAGGUGUGUACAGUGUAUGCGUGUGUAAGGAGUAACGUUACUCAGACGACCACUGUGGAGGACCUGCCUGCUGACAUGGGCACACCACAUGGGCAAGUGAUCGGUCCCAGAGCAGUAAGGUUGGACUGGUCACAUCCAGGCAGACCUAGCGGUAUCAUGCUGGGCUACGAGGUUUUAAGACGAACCCUGAGGUCAUGUGGGUUGACAGGGGUCACAACCUCUGCGGGGGAACAGUCAGAGGGAGCGGGUGAUAUGAAGUUCGAAUGUUCCUACAUCCAGUGUCCUGUGAGUCAUGGUGUGUGUGGAGCAUCCUGCUUCCAUCCUGACAUACAGGUGUGCUGCAGUGGACUAUUGCUCACCAAGAAGCCACAUCAUCAUUGCUGUGAAGGCAGUUACCUGAGCUGGAGUAAUUCCUCUGACCCCAUCUGCUGCAAUGGCAAACUGCUGCCGGCUCUCCCUGACCACCAGUGCUGUGGAAGAUACUAUGUACAUGUGAAACACAAUGAACACUGCUGUCCUGACCUCUCAGGGGGCUGGGUCUCAGUGGGGCUGGGUGACAGCUGCUGUGGGGGUGUUCCCUACUCCAUGAAAGGUGGCCAGAUCUGCUGUAGUGUGAGCCUGCAUGAUGGCUAUGGAGUUCAGUGCUGCGGAGGCCAGAUUUUCGAUGAUACGCUGGUGUGCUGCGGUGAUGCUGAGAGGGGGAAAGUGCAUACUUACACUCCAGGUUUUGUCUGCUGUGGUCAGGAGUACAUAAACUCUUCUGUCACUCUUUGCUGUAUGGGCAAGGAUGGAUUUCCCAAAAUACACAGUGCUGGCAACGCUACAGUGACACUGCAGUGCUGCAGGUCAGAGGUCAUACAUCAGGAAGAGGAGUGUUGCAACGGGAUUGGCUACAACCCUCAACGGCACGUGUGUGCCGAUCGACCCACCCCUGGCUUGUCGACACAGCACCAGUGUUUGCAGGGCGCUCUGUGUCCUGUCGCUGCAGCAUCGACAGCUUUCUGUGGCUCCUGUGACCUUGAUCCAUCGAUGGCCGCCUGCACCUGGAUCCUGUCUGCGCACACACUCCCCGACGCACAGACAGCAACAGACUCCCCUGUUAUCAAUGCCACACAGGAAGCUCUGACUUCAGGCCUCUCUACACAUACCAGCAGAAGCGACUAUUACAAAAUGACAGACACAUCGAGCGACACACACUCUGAGAAGACACGAUUGGAGGAAAGCCUGUGCCCAACACACGAGGAGGUGGUGUACAGCGGAGACACCAGCACAUACACUUACACAGACCCCGACCUGGAGCCCUUCACCACCUAUGAGUAUCGAGUGAGGGGCUGGAACAGCUUUGGACGAGGCUCCAGCGAUGUCAUCACCGUGACCACCAGUGAAGACAAGCCAUGGGGCGUGGCACCGCCCCGUUGGAAUUGCCCUGGCGACAGAGACGACAUCAUCCAGCUGCAGUGGCAAGCGCCCGCCCGGCCCAAUGGUGUUAUCACCCAUUAUGUUAUACUGCGGAAUGGGCAGGAGCGUUACCGUGGCGAGGAAAACAGAUUCACUGAUGUGGCUGGGAUCAAGCCUUUCCAUGAAUACAGCUACCAGCUGAGGGUCUGUACCAGGGCUGGUUGUACUGGAAGUCCACAGGUGGUUGCCGUCACAGUUCAGGGUGUGCCUGAGGGCCUGCUGACUCCAGUGGUCACUGCUUUAAGUUCCUCCUCCCUCUACGUGAGCUGGUCAGAACCUAUUCGUCCCAAUGGAGUCAUACAACAGUACCAACUGAACCAGACGGGUUUUGGAACUAUUGCUACACACACACGGGAAACCAGAAACUACACAGUGACUGGUUUGAAGGCGUACACAGACUAUACGUUCCUGCUCGUGGCCUGUACUGUGGGUGGAUGCGGAGCCAGCUCGCCUUCAACAGGACGCACCCUGCAAGCCUCGCCUGCUGGUGUUUGGUCAAGGCCGAGACACUUGAUAAUAAGCACAUCUGCAGUGGAGCUGUUCUGGGAUCAGCCGUCUCAGCCUCAUGGACUCGUCUCCCGCUACAGGCUUAAGAGAGACGGUCUCAUAAUUUUUACCGGAGACCGUCGUGGUGACCGGAAUUUUACGGAUACUGGGCUCGUGCCAAACCACAGGUAUGUGUAUGAGCUGGAGGCGACGACAGAGGGUGGGACUGGUGUGAGUGACGAUUAUGUUAUACAAACUCCUGUUUCGUGCCCCACUGGGAUUCCACCACCACACAAUGUGACAGUGUCAGGCCCCCACACCGUCUCCCUGGCCUGGACCCCUCCUGUUCAGCUCAAUGGCAGCCAACCUGUAAACUACAACAUCUUGUUUAAUCCAGGAAGUGACAGAAGCACAGUCCAUCACGCUGGUCAAGAUCUGCAUCUCACUGUGACCGGUCUACAGCCGUUCACCACCUACGACAUCCGAGUACAGGCUUGUCAGACUGAGGGCUGUGGAGUCGGAGAAGCUGUUUCAGUUAGGACUUUAGAGGCUCCCCCACAAGGUCUGUCACCCCCCACCAUUAAAGCAGCUGGAGCCAAUGUCCUGGAGGUUUACUGGUUCCCCCCCGAACAACCUAAUGGAGUCAUCACCUCCUACAACCUGUACAGGCGUCCAGUUGGAACAGAGGAGGAGCUGCUGAUCUUCAUCUGGUCCAGUGGGCCACUUGAGUUUGUGGAUGCAAGUCCUGCCCUGAAACCCUUCAGCUACUUCCAGUAUAAGGUUGAAGCCCACAACUCCAAAGGCUCAGUGCUGAGCCAAUGGGCUUCAGGCCAGACGUUACAGGCACAACCGCGAGAUAUGGGCCCUCCCACUGUCACGCCCACGGGCGCAUACUCAGUCCAUCUGAAAUGGAGUGAACCGGGACGGCCCAAUGGUCUAAUUUCCCAUUAUAGACUGGUUUAUGAGAAACACCAACAGGACCCAACGCUCAAUUCGACUGCUGUUACGGCUCUCACUGUGGAGGGCUCAGUCCUCGAAGCAACAGUCUAUGGUUUUGAACCAUAUCGUCUGUACAGUCUACGUGUGGAAGCUGUGAACUGGGCGGGCAGUGUGGCCAGUCCAUGGUCAGGCAUUAGGACCCUGGAGGCUGCACCUGCUGGUGUCGCCAACUUCACAGUGGAGCAGAGGGAGCAGGGCAGGGCGUUACUGCUUCGAUGGGAUCUGCCACGUGCUCCAAAUGGACUCAUCACGAUGUAUAAUGUGUACAGUGAGGGAAACCUGGAGUUCAGUGGUCUAACCCGCAGCUUCCUGUUUCGUCGUUUGGAACCGUGGACCGUUUAUACGCUGACUCUUGAAGCUUGCACCUCAGCAGGCUGCACACGCACCGUUCCUCAACACAUCACCACAGCAGCUGCUCCGCCGGCUUCUCAGCUUCCUCCGAAGCCUCUCUUCGUUGGCCCAGACCAUGUGUCACUUAGCUGGGGACCUCCCGCCCAACCUAACGGGCCAAUCGGAGAGUAUUUCUUACUUGGGAGAAGUCUAGAUGAAUUUGGGAGGGGAAGAAGUAAUGGCGAGGAUAUUGAAAGAGGAAAGGUGGUCUUUAGAGAAUCGUCUCCACAGCAAAAUGAAACCUUUUCCUACACAGUGACCGGUUUACGACCCUGGACUCAGUAUGAGUUCAGUGUCCGGAGUCACAACCCUGCUGGCAACACCAGCAGCCCCUGGGUAACUGUAACAACCAGACAAGCUCCCCCUCGUGGUCUAGCCCCGCCAACAGUGAAUCACCUCCAAGACCAGCCCAGUAAGGUGUUGGUCUCUUGGACACCUCCGCUGGAGUCCAAUGGAAUACUUAAGUCAUUCAGGAUACAGAGGAACAAUGUCAGUUUGUCUUUUAGUUUUGACCCGACUGUCCUCAGCUACACUGAUGAAGACCUUCUACCAUUUACAGUUUAUAGCUACUCAGUCAUAGCCUGCACAUCUGAGGGAUGCAUCACCAGUCCUCACACCAACAUCACAACCUUAGAGGCUCCACCUGCCACAGUGGAAGCUCCCACGGUGGACACCGUCACGUCCAAGAGUAUAAACAUUUCCUGGAGUAAACCCCCAACACAGAAUGGAGAGGUUACAGAAUAUGUGCUGAAAGUGAACGACAAAGAGGUUUAUUGUGGGGGAGACUUGAACACAGUGUUGUCCGAUCUGCAGCCUCACACUUCAUAUCAGCUGGCUCUGUUGGCGUGUACCAGUGGUGGGUGCACCGCCAGUGCUACAGUAUCUGCUAUGACCAAAGAAGCUCCUCCCACUGGCCUGGCAGCCCCAACCCUAAAGGUGACUGGUCCGGAGUCCGUGGAGAUCACUUGGAAACCACCGGAGCAUCCUAAUGGCAUUAUCACAGGUUACGAGCUCUACAGAGAUGGAGACGUUAUCUAUGUUGGCACCGAGACACAUUUUCACGACUUCACACUUUUGCCAAACGUGGAAUACAGCUAUGGUGUCAGGGCCAACAACAGCAGAGGGACAGUGAGCAGCACAGCAAACUCAGCAAAGACUCAUCCGUCUUCUCCUUCUGGUGUCGGUCUCCCUGUACUGACGCCUCUGGGUCCAGACCAGGUGAAAGUAGAGUGGAGUCCCCCAGUCCGUCCUAAUGGAGACAUUGUGAAUUACACUGUGUAUCACAGAGAUCCAGUCGCGGUCGGCAUCAACAGCACUGUGUUCACUGUAGAGGACCGUGUUUUCUCUGAGCGGCACACCACUCUGCAUGGGCUGACUCCAUACCACAGGUAUGAGGUGAGGGUGGAGGCUUGCACAGCUCUGGGCUGUUCCUCCAGUGACUGGUCCUCUGUGCUUACACUGGAGGCUCCCCCUGCUGGUCAGGUAGCGCCAUUGCUACACCUGCACCUCGACGAACACACGGGCCUACAGACCACCUUCCUGCUCACCUGGCCCCCUCCAGCUCAGCCAAAUGGUAGAGUCCUUCAUUAUGAGGUGUACCGCAGGCUGGAACCUACCACUGCUACCAACACAAGUGAUACAGGAACACGUGUGUUCAGGAACGUCUCGACCACAUGCAGCGAUGAAGGACUCCAACCAUACACUCAGUAUCAGUAUCAGGUGUGGGCAGUCAACCUGGCUGGUCACACUAGCAGUCCAUGGGCCAAUGGGAGGACAGGACCUGCACCACCUGAGGGCGUAGGCCCUCCCAUUUUCCUGCGUGUUUCGGCCACCUCUGCAGUCGUGGAUAUUCGCCCUCCAGCUCAACCCAAUGGGAUAGUUAGCCUUUACAGAGUCUUCUCUCGGACCCACAACAACCUCACUCUGCUCUCAGAGGGAACGUCCCGCCAGCAGAUCCUCCAUGGUUUACAUCCUUAUACCCAGUACUGGGUAGGAGUAGAGGCCUGCACCUGUUUUCAGUGCUGUAGCCGGGGUCCAGUGAGUGAGCUCCACACCCUGGCUGCUCCGCCAGCUCACCAGCCCCCUCCUCGUCCCAUCACCCUGACCUCUCGCUCCAUCCAGCUCGACUGGGAUGAGCCUUUGGCACCAAACGGAGUCAUUGAAAGCUGUGAGUUGCAUCUCAAAUCAUCGUGCCCACAGCCCCCACAGCCUAUGCCCCUCCCCUGCACCGAAGGACCAAUUGAAAUCAGCUUCUUUGGCAAAAGGCGGAGCUACAACGUAACAGGUCUUCAACCGUACUCCACCUACGAGCUGAGAGCCGCCUGCUUCAACAACAUGGGCAGCACCGCCUCCAACUGGACCACAGUUACCACACUGAGUGAAGCCCCCCAGUAUGUGUCUCCUGUCUCAUUGGGCAGUAACCUGACAGUUAUUUGGCUGGACUGGGCGGAGUCUUUCUCCCUCAAUGGAUACCUGACGGAGUACAGUGUGACCGAGAGCCAGCUGAGGGUCUACACUGGCUUCUACAGCUAUCUCCACAUUCCACGCACCUCACAGAAAACUCUGUCUUUUCAAGUGACUUGCACCACCAACAGUGGCACUGCCAGCACUCCCACCAUCAGAUACAGCCCCGCCACAGGCAUCGGUCCUCUGGAGCCUGAAGACAGCAGUAAACAGGACGCCAGCAUGUCUGCCUUCCCAGUUUAUACUGAACUGUGGUUUAUCUUGCUGUUUGCACUGCUGGGUCUAUUUCUGUUAGCACUUCUACUGGGCCUGGUGCUACAGAGAGCCCUGAGGAAGAAUCCAGCAGCCAGAGAGCGCCCUCCACUGGUCAUGCUUCAGAAGAGCAGGAAGCCUGGGGGAGAGACGUACAUGUUUGACACUGUAGCAGACUGUGUUGAGAUCAGCAACGUUAUACUUAAAAGCUACACUGUGUACACCGAGGGUCUGACAGACACAAAGAUAGUCGGCAGCAGCUCCCGGUUCAGCCCCAUGUCUGUGUUGCGGGUCCCCAGACAGACAGAUCUUGGUCAGUCUUACACCCAGCAUCCCCUGCACCGCAGCGUUAGUCAGCUGAUUGACAAGAAGUCACUGAUGAUUGAGGACGGAGGCUGGGACAAUCCACUGGGACAUGAUUCUGGGCUGUAUGUGGAGGAAGAAGAGUUUGUGGAUGCCAUCAAGGCCAUAAGUUCUGUGAAAAAGGAGCACACCAUGUUCACUGACACUCACCUUUAAGGCAAGGUCAUUCAGUCAGGUUUUGCAGCCAACAUUCAGAACUGGUUUCAAACCCUUACGGUCUGUGUUAACUGAGGACAGACGUGUCUUCUAAUGGGAUUUAGACAAUGUAUAAUCCUUAUAUAUGAUUAAGGAAGUUUAAAAAAUACUGGAAAAGAGACUUUGUUCACCGAUGGAGACCAGUGAUUUCAGUUGAAAUGUGUUGAAAAUGUGCUGGAUGGAGUGUCAGGGUUUAGAGGUGGUUGUGUAAAAUAAAACCAGACACAAAGACCUGAGGAGAAAAAAACCAUAAAGGUCAUUUUACUGCACCGUUUAUUUUAAACUGUAUUGAAACAGGUGUUGCCUCAUUUUACCACACUGCUUGUAUGACUCCCUGUAGAGUCCAAUCGCCUUAAUGUGAGUAGAGGCAGUGCACACUGCCAGUUAAAAAGCUACAGUGUACUGUAAAGCUUAAAUGUAUCCAUAGCUCUAUUGUUAUUAUACGGUUUGUAGACCAAUAACUGCGUUGUUCCUUAACUUUCACUUAUUUGACAGAAUGUUCAGGAUGAUUUAUGAUUCAUUUUGCUUGCCAACUGUUAGCAGUUUAGUGGUCUACUGGUUCCAGGUGAUAUUAAGCCAUGGAUAUAAAUGCUGUUAAACAUGCAUACAAUAAUCGCUGCCUCACAUUUCCUGCAUGUUCAAUGCAGUGGUUGUGUAGCUGCUCAGACAUAAACACAACAGACAUUCAGAAGUUGCAAUACUCUCAUGAACAGUAGGGGCAGUGCAGAGGCAAUGUAGUCAUUGUCAUAACUCAUUGAUUGAGUUAAGGGCCUCACAUCAUCACUUUUCUGUUGCGCUCUGAGAAAUAACCAAACUCAGCUCCUCCUUGUUGUAUGUUAAAUGCAAAUUCUGUAGUUCUAUAGUCCAGUGGUGUCAAACUGGUGGCCUGCGGGCCACAUGCAGCCCACCUCUUAAUAUCAUGUUAUAAUGAAAACAUGGCCACGACCUCCUCUUCCCUUAAAAACCGCAUUCCACAUUAUUUACUGCACUUAAUUUGUCUGUGUUUGAUAGUAAUAGAUUUAAUUUGGCAUCAAUCCAUUUCAAUACAAACACUUUUACUUUGAAAGUCUGUAAAAAUAUUAUCAUGAAUAUCUUUAUUGCGAUCAUGUAAUCAUUUUAAGAUCAUAUUACCCACCUGAUACUGAGCAGUUAGUCGCUAAUUGGUCCUAAGCUCAUUCGAGUUUGACGCCUCUCUUCUGUACAUUCUGAGUUGUGCAUUCUGCCCCUUAUUGGAAUAUUCCAGCUUCAAAUAUAUCUCACAGACUUUCCCGGAACUGGCUCUUUUUCUGAGCUUUCUUUCAACACUUUGACACACAUUUUCCGGCUCAUAGCGUUAACUAGCAGCGGCAUUAGCAUUGACGCUAACUCAAUGCCAGCAAGCCUGGCUACUGAACAAAGCAGAAAACAACUGUAACAAUACCAACUAGAACAAAUCACCUUGAAAUAAUCUGGGUGUAUUACCUCAGAAGAAAGGUAAUGUAGAGCAAACUAGUUGUAUCAUGCCUGGUUAGCUUGGUUAGCCUGGUAAACAAACAGUCGUCAGAUUUAAGGGCGUUUCCACAGACUUAUUGGUUAAAGUAAUAAGUACACAUAAGUUCACUCGAAACUUGUCUAUUCCUGCUUAAAUAAAUGUGGAAAUAUCAGGUAAAACAAAUCCUCGAGACUACAAAUCAAUUAAAGGUUGCUUCAACAAGCUGUCGUCGUGCCUAGGAAGCUUAAAAUUAUAUGUGCAGCAAUAGUUUCUAAGUUUUGACAAGACAAAUGGCCUUGGUGUUAGUUUUAAUGACGAAAAACUGCCAACUUGUGUUUUGUAAAAGUGGCUGGGAAUCACACAUGUGCCGUGUUGUGAGUGUUGUGGCUGUGACUUUGUGUAAAAAGCCCAAUGUGAGAUUUUUGUGGACAGUUUACAUUUUCCUUUUAGAAAGACAUAAUGGAAUCAGGCGCCGUUGUAGUGACGCGUGUUAAGCUGUCAGUGUUGCUUGUCUGUCUGAAGCUCCUUUCAGUCUCAUAUCAAGAAAACAAUCGAAAACAAUCUUUUUGGGAGGGGAGAAAUUCCUCCCCACGUUGUGUCUUUACGUUGGUUUGUAAGUCAAGUUUAACAUGAUAGUAUUAUCAGGGAAGGUUGUUCAAAUCAUGUGUAGUGUUGACUUUAAGAUUGACCUUCAUGUGUUUUGUGCAAAGCUGUUGUAGAAACUUUCUUUUUUUUACACUG